AUUAAAAAAAAGGUGGCAGAAAUGAAACUGAAGUUCAGCCACAUGGAAGGCACCAGCAAUUGUUCAGAUAUGGACACUCACUGUGUUUUUGAUGCUGCUGUAAAGAUCCCCUUCAGGCUGAACCAGAACCAGGCACUGCUGACUUUUGAAGAUGAAGAAGUUGCCCAGAGACUGAUAAAAAAGGGGAGGCACACUGUGAACCUGGACAACAACAAAGCAGAUGUGAGAGUGAUGCCUGUUCCACUUGACAUGGGAGUCAAAUUUGAGCUCCACGUCACUAUUUCUGGAAGAAAGAUCAACGUUUCAAACAUACCUGAGCUGCCCAUUCCUGAAGAUUGGAUGAGAGACAAAUUAGAGCUGAAUUUCUACAAAACUCAACAGGGAGGAGGAGGAGAAAUAGAAAAUGUGACCUAUGACAAUGAGUCUAGAAGAGCCGUGAUUACAUUCCUCACACCUGGAGCCAGCAACAGCUUUGGGGGAUGUCCUAAAUACCCUUUCUUUGCAAAUGGAAGGUGCUACACACUUUUUGUUUCCUCACAUGCCAACCUACACUUGAAAAACUGUCAGCCAUACUGUGGGGUUUCCAAGAAGACCAUUCUGCUGAAAGGAAUCCAAGAGGUGGAAGAGGAUGAGGAAAGUGUCCAGGACAUGAUUGAAAUCCACUUCCAAAAGCCGAGUAACGGCGGUGGGGAAAUAGAGACCAUCAAAUAUGUCUCCAAGGGAGCAGCAUAUGUUUGCUUUGAGGAGGAUACUGGGAAUGCCAUCUAGGAACUCAGAGUGAACUCCUCAAAUUCCGAGUUUUUGCUGCAUCAGAGGCGUGGGAACUGUGCUUUUAUGUUUGAAAUUUAUCCCUGGAAAAGAGGAAUUGCUGCCUUUCUGAUUCGUGCAAUGGCACAGGCUCUGCAUGGAGAUGCAGCAAAA